AGCUGAUCUAGUCCCCAGUGGGCAACCUAACAAUAGCACAAUGGUGUGGAUUAAACGCAUUGUUAUAAGUCGAAGUAACGAAGAAACAAGGGAAGUAAUACCUUCAUAUACGAUAAUUAUUAUUUUUAAAACAAUUCAGAUUUGUUAUUCGAAAUAUGAUUAAAAUGAUAUAAUGAGACAACAGAAAUGUCCGAAAACAACAGCUGCAUCAGCAGAUUUUUCAAAGAUGAUCCCGUCAAAAGAGCCAAAGAAAUAAGUCCAAUAAGAAUGACGUCACAAACAAACCUCGAUUCCUCACAAGAUCUUAGCCAAACAUCUAUGGAUUCGGAGUCUGAUGCAUUAACAUUGUCACAAUUAACAUUAGAAGAACCUGAACCUAUAAUUAUUAAAUCAUUUUAUAAUAUAAGCGAACGAAAAAUGCCGACAUCACCUCAUUAUGUAAUUGAAGAAGAAUUCUCACAGAACCCCUGGGCGAUGUUAAUAGCAACGAUAUUUCUAACAAAAACAUCCGCGAAAACCGCCAGGCGCUAUAUGAGAAGUUUUUUUGAUGAAUAUCAAACACCAUAUGACGUUUUAAAUGAUACUCCUACAUCAUUGGAAAGGUUCUUUGAAAAUUUAGGUCUUAGAAAACGCGGGCAUAUGAUUUGGAAGCUUAGCUAUCAAUUUGUUAGUUCGAAAUGGCGUAGAGCUGGCGAUUUGUGUGGCAUAGGUAAGUACGGCGAAGAUGCUUAUAGAAUUUUUUGUUUGGGCCACACAGAUGUGAACCCAGGAGAUAGAUAUUUAAAGUUAUAUUUGGAUUGGCUUAGGAAAAAUACAGAAUUUCUUGAAGAUAAUGGAAUUAUCGAAAGUGAGUGUGUUAUUGAAGAUCCUGUUCUAAAAUAUUACAGAAUAACUCUAAAAGAAUGAACAAAUUGUGUUAAAAGAAUAUGGAAAAAGAAGGCAAAUUAAUAAACAGUUCGUAAGCACUUUCAUUUUUGAAAUACGCAGUGAUUUAUAGGAAAUGGGUUGAUUUAUUAUUAAAGAAACACAUAAUUUGUUACAAAUAAGAAUUUGCAUGAACCUGUGCUGUAUUGUACAUAGCUCUCAAUUCAAAAAAUGAUCAGUUAAAGGUUUUAAAACAAAAUAUAUUUUAAAUCUAAAUCUCUCGUGAUCUAAAAAAUGUAAAUGCAAAUAAUUUUAUUGAAAUCUAUUAUUUGCUUGCUAUUUUGAUAAAUAUCUGUCUAUACAUCGAU